AAGUGCAUAGAUAUUUCUUUAUAGGAGUAUUAGUAUUUAAAGUUUAUAUAGUUAUUUAAUAAUUUCAUCUUGGUAACAAGUGUCAAGAUGGCUUCGAACUUCGCAACCAAUGGAGUUUCUGUUGGAAGCAAAAGUCCAGAUCAAGAGUUGUCUGAACAUUUUCAUUCAGAAAACAGUAAUUCCACCUCAAAAAAGAAUUUUCCUUCGUACCCCAGAAACUUUAACAAGAAAAAAGUUGACAUGAAUGACUAUAACAAGAUUGCAGAGCAUCUGUUCUCUGAGGAUAUGGCAGGUUGUGGAGAUCUCAGUUCAACUUGUGAACUAACAGAUGAGAUCCCAAUCGUACAGCAAGAAGAGAAGAUGCAUCUUGUUAAUCGGCAGAUAACACAAGACUUUGAGUCUGCAAAUGGCAAGCACUGGAAAGCAUUGAAACAUACACUCAUGGCAUCCCGUAACUUCAAGCCAGCCGGUAGUGACCAUGAGGAUAGAGACAACCUCCAAGUCCCCACAUCUGGCGCGUCCUCUGUAGACGACAACGUUGCAGGCGGCAGCUGUAGAUAUUAUCCUCACAAAGCUUCACUUACAAGCCAGCAUAUGUUACCACUACCAGUUCUAAAAGAACUGAUGAUAUGUGGCGACCCUUCAAGAAAAAGGGUUGGAGAUGCCAGUGUAGCUUCAGAACUUAAUGGGAUGGGAGAUUUCCUUGAGCAAGAUUUUCAUAGGAUUGAAAUAUCCGGCGAUGAAAUAGCUGGGGUUCCGUUCCGAGAUUUAGAAGAAGCAUCAGAUCAUCUAACAGAAGCUUUGCUUAUAAGGGAGAAAUACAUGGAAAUGGCCCACCAUAAGUCUUCAUUCACAACUGAGAAGCAUCUCAGAUUGUGCCAAGGCAAAGAUCCUCCUCAGUCUGACACCUUUGAUGAAUCAGGAAUAAGUAAAGAUGCUCCCUACCACCCCCCACUUAACACUGAGUGCCCAUACACAAAUGUCGACCCAAAAACUUUGCCGGCUAAAAGUGAAAUGAAGGUUAAAAUUGUGGAUGGAGUUUUCAGAGUUUAUGAAAAUGAAGCCAGUUUAGAAAGGAACGAACCAUGGGACAUGCCCUACCCUGAUCUACAGGGAUUUAUUCACGACCUCAACAGAGUAAUGGCAAUGACUGUGGAUGGUCCUUUGAAAACUUUCUGUUACCGACGUCUCUCCUACUUGUCUUCCAAAUUCCAACUUCAUGUUUUGCUCAACGAGACCAAGGAGUUAGCUGCACAAAAGGAGGUCCCACAUCGUGACUUUUAUAACUGCAGAAAGGUUGACACUCACAUCCACGCAUCUUCUUGCAUGAACCAGAAACAUUUGCUUCGUUUCAUGAAGAAAACAAUGAAGAAGAAUGCUGAUGAUAUUGCCUAUACAAGGGAUGGGAAGGAUUAUACACUACAAGAGGUAUUUGAUUCUCUCAACCUCUCAGCCUAUGACUUGAGUGUUGACAGCUUAGAUGUCCACGCUGACAGGAACCUAUUUCACAGAUUCGACAAGUUUAACUCCAAGUACAACCCCAUCGGCCAAAGCAUUCUGAGAGAGAUUUAUAUCAAGACUGACAACCGCGCUGGUGGAAAGUUCUUUGCUCAUGUUAUUAAGGAGGUAAUGGACGACUUAGAAGACAGCAAGUACCAACAAUCUGAGUUACGUUUGUCAGUGUAUGGUCGGUCUAAAGAUGAAUGGUUGAAACUUGCACAGUGGGCGGUGAAACACCGUGUGUAUAGCGAUAAUGUGCGUUGGUUGAUACAAAUACCUCGCCUCUUCGACAUAUACAAGGCCAAGGGUUCGCUUGAAAACUUUACACAAAUGUUGGACAAUAUAUUCAGACCUCUCUUCGAAGCUACUUUGGAUCCCCAGAAUAACCCAGAGAUUCAUCUGUUUUUGAAACACGUAACCGGAUUUGACUCGGUAGAUGAUGAGUCUAAACAGGAACAUCAUGUGUUCACGAUGCAAUCACCGAAACCUGAUGAUUGGACAGCCAUAGACAACCCCCCAUACUCAUAUUAUGUUUAUUACAUGUAUGCUAACAUGGUGACACUUAACCAACUUCGCAAGGAACGUGGAAUGACUUUAUUCAACCUACGACCUCACUGUGGGGAAGCUGGGCCUGCUCAUCAUUUGGUUACCGGGUUCAUAUUAGCUGAGAAUAUCAGCCAUGGUUUACUAUUAAGAAAGGUUCCAGUUCUACAGUACCUCUACUACCUUGCACAAGUUGGUAUAGCGAUGUCACCCCUCAGUAACAACGGGUUAUUCCUCAGUUACCAUAGAAACCCAUUACCCGACUACCUGGCUCGUGGAUUGUGUGUCUCACUAUCUACAGAUGAUCCGUUGCAGUUUCACUUUACAAAGGAACCACUGAUGGAGGAAUACAGCAUUGCAACACAGGUGUGGAAGCUAAGUCCAUGUGACAUGUGUGAGUUAGCUCGCAACAGCAUUACAAUGAGUGCUUUCCCUCACGAGGUGAAACAAUAUUGGCUUGGACCACGAUACAGAGACGAAGGAGCUCACGGUAACGACAUCCGACGUACCAAUGUACCGGACAUACGAGUAUCUUAUCGACACGAGACACUCGAAGCAGAAUUGGCAUUAAUUCUUGGCACCGCGCAUGCGCAGAACACGAAAUCGUCGAGCGAGUUCGGGUCCCUUUAAAGCAAUCAAGGAUCCCAAGUUUAGAAUUCAUUGAUUCUUCAAAAACCACGUUUAUUUAAACUUUAACGUACGAGCAAUUUUUAAAUAAGAGGGAUUUUUUUUUAUGUAAAAAUUGAUAUAAUAAACACAUUAGGGCUAGCUGCGACGCUCCAAUGGGCAAAACAAAAUCUUUUUUUCUGCUGAUUGAACAUUUUCUUUGUUUCAUGUUGCUGGUUGACACUCGUUUGCUUUCAUCCUCUUUUAUAUAUAGUAGGUUGGGGUAAGAUGGUCCAAAUUUUCAUUCUGUUUUAUCGUCCCAUUUCGUGGUAAAUAAAAAUAUUUACUCAAUUAUAUAACCGUUUCACUCUAAACAGCGUUGUUAAUUUAAAAAAAAAAGAUUAGGAAAUAUGCGAUUUUAUUUGGUAACGGUAUCCAUCUUACCCCAUAAUACUACGUUCUUCCCAAUUGCUUUUCUGUCAAAACUUUCCAAAACAGCAAAUAUUACGCGUCAGUAACCGGCUUAUACUGGUUCGUACCAGCUGUGUCCUGUCUAUACCGGUUUACAUCCUGAAUUUCGUGCUGUUUUUCGUGGAAAAUCAAUCUACAUGAUUAUCCACACGUUUAACUGAUCUAUCUCGUAGAAAAGAAGUUUCUGUUGUGAUUAUUCCGUGUCAAGGCUCUUACGUUGUUGCAGUUUGUACUAUUCGCCUCUUGUCGCUGUAUAUGAAAGUGUGCAAUUGUUUCAACUAUAAAUUUUACACCAGUUUCAA